AUGACGAUCCUUAAGAAUGUGGGUUUAGUCUCUCUUUGGGUCUUUAUCAGGCUGGCGACCCCGGCAGACUACUGCUGUGGGUCCUCCACGUCUAAAUACUGCUGUACGGACAGCUAUGACAGAUAUAUAUACAGUUAUUCGGCCAGUUACCAAUGUAGCACCCCUACAAGAGGAGAGUUUUGCUGUGCAUAUUACACAUCAUCAGGCAAAUACAAGAGUGCUUUCUACUGUGAAAAGUACUGCUGCGGAUCUUCUACUUCUAAGUAUUGCUGCCUUACCAGCAGAUACAGAUACUUGUACAGUUAUUCCUAUAACAGUUCUUGUCCAGCACCCAUUAAAGGAGAAUAUUGCUGCGCAUAUUACAACUCAUAUGGCACUUACAGGAGCUCGUUCUUCUGUACCAAGUACUGCUGCGGAACACCUACCAGUAAAUACUGCUGCACCUCGUCCUAUAGUAGAUACUCCCCAAGUUACUCAUCCGCUUCAUUAUGCAUUCCUCCAAAGAGUAUGGAUGAGGAGCAUGAGGGAGAAUGGGGAGAUAUUAGUAUGGUUUUUAUUCUUGCACCUUUCAUGUUCAUUUCGGGGGUGGUCUUCAUAGUCAUACGCAAAGUGUGCCGUCGAACCCCUCCAGGAGUUAUCCAUGGCCAUCAACGUCAACCAACUCACAGUAUGCAGACCAGACAAACUAUGGUAUCUUCAACCCCGACCACGUCAUACGGGCCUGGAGUCCAUCCCCCGACCUCGGGGGCUCCACCUUCUAACUUCGGGUACAGCCCGGGAGCCCCGCCUCCGACCACAGGAUACAGCCCGGGAGCCCCGCCUCCGACCACAGGAUACAGCCCGGGAGCCCCGCCUCCGACCACAGGAUACAACGUAGCAAAUCUGCCCCCUAAUCUCGGACACCAUCAUGGCGUCCCGCCCCCAACAUCACCAUACAGCCCAACAGCCCCGCCCCCGGACUCAGGAUUAGAUCCUGGGGUAGCGCCACCACCUUAUGAAUUGUUUGCGCCACCACCAGGUUCAACCUUUGCAUCGCAGAAUACAACACACCCAAGGGAUCCAAAACCCUCAACUCAAGAAAAGUGCUGA